UUGUACCCGAAGUUAGAAGUGUUUUCUGCUACUGUCCGGUGAUCGGUGCUUAAAAUUGCACUUAGGAAGCUUAGUUUUAGUUACCAGUGACUAUUUUUUGUUCCCAAAAACCAUAAACACCUAACUUGAGACUAAAUUUGAUCGAGGUCUUUUCGAGUUGGAAGUUCAAGUUCAACUUCGGAUUUUUGUGACAAUCUUAGUUUAAAAAAAAAAACGGUUAAAUCUCGCGUGGUGUGAGUUGUUACGAGCAGACCCUACGCAGAGCAAAGCUGCAUCGUCAAGCUAUUUGUGAAUGAGGGUGUGAAUUUGCUUCGAUACACAGCGCACAAUAAAGUCGAGCAAAAAAAAAAAUGCUUCCCAUCAUCAGCAAAGCGGGGCAAUGGCGAGUGUUUUGCUGUUUGGGGAUCGUGGUGCUGCUUGAAACGUGCCGCCUGGCCCAAGCUCAGCAGCAGAUGACCAAAAAACGCUGCAUAAGCCAACCGAACGUGUCCAAGAAAGUAGACAAAGUGAUUCACCAAUGCCAGGAGGAGAUUAAGAUGUCUUUGAUUGAAGAUGUCAUAAAAGGUUUUAAAGAGGAAGGAUGGCACGAUCGAAAGAAGCGUGACACGGAUGACGAACUUCAGUUCCAUCAUCCAACCGUGGUGUCUCACGAAGACAAGUGGAUUGCCGGCUGUCUGAUGCAUUGCGUGUACACCAAAAACAACGCUGUUGACAAAAAUGGCUGGCCAACGCUGGACGGACUGGUCAAUCUGUACACCGAUGGGGUCCAUGAGCAGGGAUAUUUCAUGGCCACGCUGCGAGGCGUCGAUCGGUGCCUCAAGGGCGCCUCCAUGAAGUACAAAGUCAGACGGAAUGACGUUGCCGCCAAGUUCGAGCAAUGUGAGGUGGCGUUCGAUGUGUUCGACUGCAUUUCGGAUAUGAUAACGGAUUAUUGCAGUGAUCAACCCAAACACGAGUUCAACUAUUGAGUCCUCGGGGUGUGGAGGCGAAGUAUUCCUUAAACCAGUGAUUAUUUAAUUUAUAACUUCAUCUUUUGAAAAAAAAAAAAACCGUAGCAUAGUAGACCAUUUUUAACGUUUAGAUAAUGUGUUUUUAUUUGGGACCA